AUGGCCUGCUCUAUCAGUGUUAUCUUGUACAACAAAUAUGUCUUCUCAAGCCUCAACUUCCCUUACCCCACAUUCCUCACCACCUUCCACUUAACGUUCUCUGCCAUUGCUACCCGAGUGCUGCAACGCACAACGACCCUUGUGGAUGGUGCCAAGGACAUUGAGAUGACUAGAGAUCGAUGGAUCAAAUCUAUUCUCCCUAUCGGUGCCCUUUUCUCCGGGUCCCUGAUUCUGUCCAACUACGCGUACCUUACGCUUUCGGUCUCUUUCAUUCAGAUGCUCAAGGCGACUGACGACGACCUCCAGGCGUUCAACCCUGUUGCCAUCCUCUUGAUUUCUUUUGCUUUCAAGAUUCAAGAGCCCAACGGCAGGUUGAUCAUCAUCGUCUUGAUGAUUUCCAUGGGUUGUUUCCUUGCUGCUUACGGCGAAGUCCAAUUUGAACUCACCGGCUUCCUCUGCCAAUGUGCCGCUCUUGCCUUUGAGGCUUCUCGACUCGUGAUGAUCCAGAUCCUUCUCCACGGCCUCAAGAUGGACCCCAUUGUGUCUUUGCACUACUACGCCCCUGUCUGUGCGGUCAUCAACCUCUGUAUCAUCCCCUUCACUGAGGGGCUUGAGCCUUUCUACAACUUGCACAGGGUUGGCCUCUUGGUGCUGUUCAGCAACGCUGGUAUCGCUUUCGCUCUUAACGUUGCCGCCGUUUUCCUCAUCUCUGUCGGAUCCGGCCUCAUCCUCACCCUUGCCGGUGUCCUCAAGGACAUCCUCCUCAUCUCCGGCGCGUUCCUCGCUUUCGGGUCCCCCAUCAUGCCUCUUCAGGUCCUUGGAUAUUCGAUCUCUUUGGGCGGCUUGGUGAUGUUCAAGACCACCGGUGGAAAGUAA